AUGUGGGACUUAAUAAAUUAUAACAUCAGUGGAAACAUUGAAAAUAAUGAAAAUAUUGAGAAUAAUGAAAAAAAAGAAAAUGACCAAAGCGUAAAUCAAAAUGAAAGUAUAAACAUCGAUUUAGUUGGGAAUGCGGUUGAUAUAACUAAUACAUUGUACGAACAGGUGCGUAACAAUAAUACUGCCUUUUGGAGCAUUCUGGGAUAUGAAGAAAAUUCUAAUCAGGUGGAUCAAAAUAUACCAAAUCAAGAAGAAGGGUCAUACACAGAAACAAUGCAAGACGAAGGAGAAAAUAAAAAGGAAAAGGAUUUCGAGCGGAUUGACGACACACAAAAUGAUUCGAUAGAAGAAAUGGAAAGAAUAUUGGAAGAAAAUGCAAAAGCAAAAAUAGAAAAAAAAAAAAAACGAAAAAAAAAAACGGAAAUAAAAUCGGCAAAAAAUACGUUGGAUACAAACGAUAUACUCGAAGCAGAUAAAGAAAUUAACAAGUCUCCUUUUUUUAGUGACAUCAGUUCAUAUGCUGAUUAUUGUACAAGUGAUGAUGGAAAUAAAACAAAAAAUAAAAAUGAUAAAAUUACAUUGCCUGUUAAUAAGAAAGAGGCCAAAUCAAAUGAUGAAGAUUUUAAUAUGAUCAAUGGAAAAACAAAAAGAGAUUAUCCGAAUUAUAAAAAUGGUGCUAAAGAAAACCCAAAUGAAUUUAAUUAUUCAGAAAAAGAAGAUAACCAUUCAGAUAAUAGUGAGGAUAAUACAGCAUCCGCUCCUGAUGCAGUAUCAAAUGAUUGGUUUUUUUCAAAAAUAAAAGAAAUAAUUGAACCAAAUAUAAAUCAAGAAACAUUAAACCAACUAAUAACAAAUAAUUAUAACAGCUUUAGUGAAGCAAAUACAGGAAUAUAUGAUUUGAUAGAUAAAGUAAUACGCACGAAUAAUAAUAAUAGCAAUGCUUAUGAUAAUAAUAGUCAAAAUAAUAUAAGCAUAAUAAAUAAGCAACCACAGCAUGGAAAUAUAUAUGAUCAUUACAAUUCUAUGGAUGUAUCACCCAAUGAUAAUUAUAAUUUUAUUAACUAUUCUAUAUACUGCAUUAAUAAAGAAUUAUCUGCAAAUGUUGAAACGGAGGCUAUAAAUAUGAUGAAAAUAUAUGCACACACAUUUAAUAAAUAUAAGAAAGAUAUAAAUUAUAAAGAUGAUUUAUAUAAAGAUUUAUUAAAUGAAGCAGAAGAGCAAUCUACUAUUAUUUUGAAAAAUAAUAGAAAAAAACGAAUUUUUAAAAUCGAUUUUCUUAACUUAGCAAAUAUGAAUAGUGAAAAUUAUAAUAAUAUAGUAGAAUCUCAAACUGUACAAACACCCAAAAUAAAACUUGAAGAUAUUUUUAAAAUUAGCGUAAAUUAA